AUGCUGUCGUUCACCUUCAAGGCACUCGAGUACAUUGUCGGUUCUAGUUGGCGUGCUAAAGUCCCUGUUUCAAAAGCCGUGGCCAUGAGAACAGGAGCUGCCAUUGGGUUGGACGGCUGCGGACUACUCUUCCUCGUGCUACCCAACAGUGGAAGACUUCCCAUCCGGAUGCCAGCACAUUCGUAA